AUGAAGCAGAGUAAUAAUCCUCAACUUGAAAAAUGCAGAAGUCUUGUUCGCACACACCUUGAUUUGGUAAUUAAUAAUUUGAAAUAGUAUGUUUAUACAAUUGUAUUUGAACUCACAACAUAUUGAUGAACUUUUUAGCAACUAUUCUCAGCUGCUUUAUUUUGGUCUGAUAAAGCAGCUACAUUAAGUCAUUUUGAUCCUAGAGACGUUUAUCAACUGGCUAGUUGCAUGUUCUUAUUGAAGCAAUAUCAAAGAGCGGUUGUAUUAAUAAAAAACAAAGGGCUGGAUAAGGUAAAACCUUUUAAUUGAAACAUAGAUAUAUAUAUAUUUUUAAGUAGGAAUAAUAUUAUAAUAUACUAUUAUGAUUUCUUUCUCGUGUUUCUAAUUAGAGGCUUAAAACUGAAAAUAAUCAAUUAAUUUUUAUAAUAAAGGAUCCCUAUUACAGUGCAUGAUUUAAUUGAAUGGGUUAUUUUGAAAAGGGAACAUGUCCAAUAGUUAGAUAUUUUCAAAUUUUUACAGAAAUUUAUUAUUUGUAUCUAAACUUAAUAUUUAAUGUGAAAACAAAAUAUUGACAUGUUCAUAUAGUAACAACUAACAAUAUAUGCACUUUUAUUUUGUUUAUUUCGAAAAGGAAACAUCUCCCAGAUAUGGUUAUGGUUUUUAUCUCCUGUAAAAUUUAAAUUUCUGGGGAUGUUCCCUUUUUCAAAUAACCUAUUCAAUUCAAUGAUCUACCUAAUUUAAAUUCAAUUUCUGUUUUAUUUUUAUUUUUUAUUGUUUUAAAAAAUUUAAUUAAUUUUUAUUGGCUAAUUUAAAAAAUAAAAGAAUUUAUCAAUUUAACAAUGUUAGAAAUAUACAAAAAUAUUAAAAAUUAUUUUAACUUCCAAUAAUAAUAUUUUUUUUUAUAUAUAGACUGAUAUGCUGUGCUACUACAUGGUGUUAAGAUGUUUAGUAGAAGCAAAAGACUACACAGAAGCAGCAAAUAUAAUUAGUUCCGAAAUAAAUCCAACAUCUUGUAAUGUAUCACUUCAACAACAAGAUAUCAAGUCUCAUGAUUGUUUAACUUAUUUUAAUGUAUGUACUUAUACACAAUUGUGUUUUUAAUAAUAAUACAAAUUAGUAUAGAUAACAGGUAUAAAUGUUUUUUUUUCAGGUUCAAAGUGCACUAUUUUGUAUAAAAGGAAAAAUAUAUGAAGCAUUGGACAACAGAAAUUUUGCAACAGAUUGUUAUAGGGAAGCAUUAAGAAAUGAUGUACACUGUUAUGAUGCAUUUCAAGCUUUAAUACAACAUCAAAUGUUAACUUCAAUUGAAGGUUUUUUGAGAUUUAAAAUUUAAAAUUGUAUUAUACUUUCUGAAAUAAUUUAAUUUUAGAGCAAAUAUUAAUUCAGUCAUUACCAUGGAGUAACUAUCCAACUGAUUGUAUCACAAAACCUUUGUAUGAAGUGCUUCUGAAAAAAUAUCAAGAACCAAAAUUAACAGGUCCAUUUUCUCAAUUUGAUAUACCAGUUGAAUUAAUGAUGGAUAAUCUAGAUAUACAAGAGGCUGAAGCUGAACGACAUUACUAUGCUUGUGCAUACAAAGAUUGUUUUCAAAUUACAGAAAGUAUUUUAAAACAAGAUCCAUAUCAUCCAGAAUGCUUACCAAUACAUAUUGCUUGUUUGGUAGAGUUGGAAAAAUCAAAUGGUAUGUAGUUUAUUUUUAAAGAAAGUAGGAUACAAAAAUCUUAAAGCUAAAUACGAUUAAUGAUUGCAUUAUAUGUUGAACUCUGAUGUUAAUCAAAUUGCAAAUUUUUUUCCAUUAAUCCAAUUUAUGUUUACCUAAAUACAAAUUUGAUUCAAUAUUUAUUCUAAUUUCAAAAGACAAAACCAUGUGUUUAUAAAUAUAUAAAUAAAUAAGUAAAUUAAUUAAUGCGUCGCCUGGAGUAUUAGAAUAUAUGUAUUGUACGACUGGUUUCAAAUUAAAAAUUUAUUGUCAGUUAAAAUUACAAAGUCAAAAAGUAAAAAGGCGACUGAAUAUGAAAAAAUAAAUGAAUGAAUACAUAGAGAAAAAAUUAUACAAAUUGGUCGUUUUACAUAGAAAUAAUUUACUUUAAUAGGAUAAAUUAUUUGGUUAUUAUUUAUUAUCUAAAAUGUAUUAUUCAUUUAUUUUUUUCAUUCGUGUUUUAACUUUGUGACUUUGUGAUUUUACUUGACUAUGAAUUUUCAAUUCGAAACUGGUCGUACAAUACACAUAUAAUACUCAAGGUGAUGCAUUCAUUUAUUUACGAGUAUUGACCAUUUAAUUAUUUUGUUUUUACUUUAUUAUUUUAUUACUUGUGUUUAUAUUGAUAAUAUUAAAUUCAUCAAAAGUUUUUUUACUUAUACCAUUUUUAAUAAUGGAGUUUUAAGGUUUGGACACAUAACUAUUGAUCAUUACAUAUUUUAUAGUCUUGUACAUAUUAAUUUCUAUGCAAAUAUAAAUGCUUUUUUCCUUAUAUGUUCAUGUGAUAAACCGCUAAAUAUAUGAAACAAUUUUAAUUUCUUAAACUACCUAAUUCUAAUGCAAACGUUUUAAUUUUGGAACGGUUUGAUAUUUCUAAACCGUUUUAAAGUGUUUAAAUGAUAAGAAUAAGUUUUAAGAGGACUCCACACCAACAUCUACUGUCUUCAAACAAGAGACAACAAAUUUGCUUUCAGGACAUAUUUUGUGCUGUUGGUUUUAAUAUUAAAGUAAAUUGACCUAUUACAAAAAUUAAAGGUAAGAAUAUUAAUGUGCUUUAUCGUUGAUGAUUUUUCGAUAUUUUUAUUUUUAAAUGAGAAAUGAGUAUGUUAAAUAUCACAAAUUAAAAAUGAUUAUAUCUUGCUUAAAAAUUAAAAUAUUGAAAAAUUAUCAAAGCUAUAGCACAUAUAAUCUUCUUACCUUUAAUUUUGGUACUAAGUUAAUUUUCUAUAUAUAUAAACUAAUGACACAAAAUGUAUCUUACUGAACGCAUAUUUGCUAUGUCUCACGUUUGUAAAACGGUAAUAAUAGAUGUCGGUGUGGCGUCCUCUUAAUUUUAAACCUUUUUAAUGCCAUCAUAUUAACAUACUAAAUGUCAAAACUUAGUCUGGGAUUGAUGCUCUAUAAACUUUAGAAAUAUGAAUUUAUGGUCUUAUUUUGUAGAAAUAUAACCAUUAAAAUAAAACAUGAACACAAAAUAAAUUUCAAAAUUUUUCUUUAAUUUAUAUUUUUCUAUCUUUAUUUUUAAAUUAAUAUAAACAUGACUCAAAUACUACAUAUUAUGCAUUUAAAAACCAUUUAUAUUGCAGUACAUGUCAGAAUUUUUUAUGUUAAGUUGAAUUUCAUUUGCUAUUUAAAAAGUUAUUAAAUGAAACAUUUUAAGCAUUUUGACUGACUAUCCCAAUUAAAUGUUAGUAAUAAUACAUUAGUAUUAUUAUUCGUAUAAUAUAUGUAUCAAUAAUAAUACAUUUGAAAUAAAUAACACACAUCAUUAAAAACUUAAUAGUUUCAUUGCUUUAGUGAAAAUCUAAUAUUUUAAUUUGUCUUUGUGGUUUUUUUUCUUUUAGAUCUUUUUUAUUUGGCCCAUAAAUUGGUAGAUCUUCAACCUGAUCAAGCAAUUGCAUGGUUUGCAGUUGGCUGCUAUUAUUAUCUAAUUGGUAUUUAAGUAUUUAAUGUCAUUAUUUAUGUAAUGAUAAAAUUUAAUACAUUUUAUAAAACUAUAGGAAAACGAGAUCAAAGUAGAAGGUAUCUAGGAAAAGCUACUAAUCUUGAUAACACAUUUGGACCAGCUUGGUUAGCAUAUGGUCAUUCAUUUGCAGUUGAAAAUGAGCAUGAUCAAGCCAUGGCAGCUUAUUUUAAAGCAUCACAACUUUUAAAAGGGUUAGCAAUAUUAUGUUUUCCGUAUCUAAUUUGUUAUAAAAAUAUUCAUGUAAUAAUGUUCAGUUCAAUAACUGUGGUUUGUGUUUUAUUUUUGUUAGCUGUCAUUUGCCUCUUUUAUACAUUGGUUUAGAAUGUUCAUUGACAAAUAAUAUUGUGAUGGCACAAAAAUAUUUAAAAGAAGCUUUGGAGAUGGCGCCUAAUGAUCCAUUUGUUCUACAUGAAUUGGGAGUCAUUGCUUUUCAGAGUCAUAGGUAUGUUUCAUAUUUGGUUUUUAUUUGUUAUCCAUUAAGAUUUUAAAUUAAUUAAAUUUUAGUUUUCUUCAGUGACAAUAUUAUUUAAUGAUUUUUCUUCAAAUAUUUUUAACAUGUUAUUUUUCUGUUAUAAAAUAAGUUAAGAUAAAUCUCAAAUAAUUCAAAUCUAGAGUAUCUGCUCUAGAUUUUAAAAUAUAAACAAUGGUAAUCGGCAUAAAAACGAUACCGUAAAAAAAAAGUCAAAUGUAUUUUACUUUAAAAUGACAAAUAUUAGUUUCUAAAUGCAGGCUUGAUCCUCGAUUAAAUAACUUGCGUCGUGUAGCUAUCUAUAUAUUCCAAAGGCGUGCCCUGGAUUUAUUUUUUAUUUUUUUUUGGGGGGGGGGGGGCUAAAUAUAUUAUUUUUUAAAUAGCAGUAGUAUUUAAGCAAACACGAUGUGAAGAAUAUUUAAGUGGAAAUAGAGAUAUACCACAUUUUUUAUUAGCUAUAGCAUAUAGUAUAUGAUACUUCUGAUUUAUUAUUAACUUUAACUGACCUAAAACUAAUGUUUUUAUUUUAAGUAAAAUGUAUUUGAUGUUUUUUUCCUAGAUUCAUAAAUAACACACAUUAUUAUCUUAGAUUUAAAAAAAUUAUUUUUAACAUUUUGUGUUAAUGGGUAGUGAUAAUGUAAUAAAACAAUUUCAUGCAAAUAAAAUGUCAAACGUAGAAUUAAAUGUGGUUGGAUGAAGUGGAGAGAGAUGUUGGGGGUAUUGAAUAAUUUUACAAAAUUGGUAUAAGACCAACAAUGUUCUGUGAUACAUAAUUUUUGACUGUAGAUACCUAGAAAGAUCGAACAAAAGAUUAUAGAUUAUAAAAUGCUAAGGUAGACAAGCAGAUUUGAUAAAAAUAAAAAAAUAAAUGAGUUUAAAUGGGAUAGUAUGUUUGGUGAUAAUAUAAUAUAAAACCAUUUUAUUUUUAUUUAAUUAUUAACCAUUGUAUACAUAUAUCUCUUAUUUUAUAUUUAUUUAUUUAUGUCUAUCAUUUAUAUACAAAAGUAGCUUGACACGUGAAAAAAAAAAUAUAUAUAGGAACAAGAAAAUAAGAAGUUAGAACAGUAAUAUUUUGAUAGUAAAAAUUUAAAGUAUAAUUUUAUAUUUUUAUAUAAAGUUUAUUUACAAUUAUUUUUGGAGUUUACAACAAUAGAUACAAUUAUCAAUUCGCAAAACAAAAAAAGAGGCAUAAUUUGAAUUAUUUAAUUAAAGAUAUUAAUUUGUUCACAUUUGCAGGCUUCAUAAGUUUGAUCUUUAUUUUAUUAAUCAUUACAAUUACAAAUGUACUUUUAUAUGCCAUAAUAUAGUAUAUAAUGUUAGCUCAAAAAACAUAAACUAUUUAAAAUUGCAUAUAUUGAUUACAGUUUGACACAAUGGAACAGAAACAUGAAUGUUUUCAAUAUUUAUAAUAAAUUUAUAAUGUAGAAGAUAUAAUGUUAUUUGGUUUUGGUUUAUUUAAGUUUGAAUAAAACAAUUAAAAUUGUAUUCUGCUUAUGUUCAUGACACUUAUACUUAUUAUUUUAUUAUUUAUUUUUAAGUUUAAUAAUAGAAUUACAUAUUUUUUUUUUUUUUUUUUUUUUGUAUUUUAGAUAUAAAGAAGCUGAAUCCAGAUUUCUUGAAGCACUUGAAAGAAUAAAACAAAUAAAACAACCAAUAAUAGCCAAUAAAUGGGAAUCAUUGUAUAACAAUUUGGGUCAUGUCUAUCGAAAGCUACAGAACUAUGAAAAGGCAUUAGACUAUCACAAACAAGUAAUUUAUAUAUAAAACCAAUUUAAAAAUUUUAGUUCAUACUAUAUUUUGUUUUAGGCUUUAGUUAUAUCUCCAAUGAAUACUUCUACUUUAACAUGUAUUGGGUUUGUUCAGUCACUCAGUAGAAAUUUUACAGAUGCUGUAGAUACAUUUCAUAAAGCUUUGGGCCAAAAGCGAGAAGACACGUUCAGUAGUACCAUGUUGACAUGCGUUUUAGAAAUGUGUAUUGAAGAUCCACCAGAUUUUUGUGAUUAUUUAGAUGAAGAAGGUGAACCUAUUGAGGGUGAUGAAAGCAAAAGUUUAAUAAAACGAGAUAGAGUAUUAAAAAUGAACGAUGAUAAUGAUGCAAUAUUACCAUUCAGAAAUCCUAAGUUUAGACUUUGGAAUAGAAGAUUGCGGAAAAAAACUGAAGAUUCCAGUAGUGCUAUUGAAGACGACAGCUCUGCAAUGGUUAUUGAUUCUAGUUCAACUGUAGAAAAUAAUUCAGGUUGUAGUAUGGAUCUAUCGACUCAAAUGUCUGAAAAUUCUGAUAGUUUUAAGUUUUAA